AAGUUUGAUGUUGUAUUUACCAAGAGUGAAAGCUUUGUCACAUGCAAUGUCUAUAUAUUUCAGGUCCCUCUUUUAAAUGCUCGUCUACUCCGCCAAAUUUCACUGCAAUAUUAAAUUCUCAACCUUCUCUCAAUCACUCAAUAUAUCUUCCUUUGUCUUCACCAUAAAGUCAUUAUUUUUCUCCACUCUAUAUAUAUUGCUUUAAUCACCAUUACCACCUUAAUUAGUUAAGGUUAGACUCUAAGAUCUUUCUCCAACACCAUUCUGAAAGCUCCCAAAUUUAAUGCUUUUCUUGCUUAUAUCUUGCUUUUAUAUCAUCAUGGUCUCUCAUAUCUCCUUUCUUAACUCAUUCAUGGAAAUGAAGAAUGAGUUGAGAACACUUUUGUUACCUUGGAUCUUUGAAGCACUCUCUUUGUUUUCAAAUUCUUGGUUCAAAAGAAGAAGAAUUCACAUUACAUUCUUUAAAGUUCCUACCUUUAGUUCUAAAGCAAAGAUGGCAGAGAUUGAAAGAGAAACAUCUUUACUAGAUUUGCCUGAUUUGGCAUUGGAUUGUAUUCUUGAGAAGCUUUCACCAGCAGAGUUGAGCAGUAUGGCAUGUGUAUGCACUUCUUUGAGGAAUGUGUGUGUAGAUGAUUAUUUUUGGGAGAGGCACUUCAAUCACAAAUGGGGUAGAAUUAUUGGUGAUAUUGCAUGUAGAGAAUGGAAAUGUAGCAUUGCUUUGAGAAAGAAACAAGCUCUCUCAGAUUGCGCGGAUAAGGUUGGGAUUUUUCGGUUUUUUGGGUUAAAUAGUAGGAGGAAGCAGAGAACUACUCUGCCAUUGGAGUCUAUAAUGUCAUGGUAUCUAUCUCUUGAGACUGGCAAGUACUGGUUCCCAGGUCAAGUUGUUAACCGAGAGAAUGGGAAUGUUGGGUUUAUGCUGUCAUGUUAUGAUGCUGAACUUAGCUAUGAUUGUCGGUCGGACAACUUCAGGGCAAGGUUCGCUGCUCAAGGUAGAGCAACAAUGGAACAUGAUAUAAAUUGGGAUAGGAUAAGAGCAUCAACGGUUAAAACUCCUGCACACGAUCUUCAUCACUCAGAUUGUUUAGACGAGUUACAACCAGGAGAUCACAUAGAGAUUCAGUGGAGAAGAAACAAGGAUUUUCCCUAUGGUUGGUGGUAUGGAAUUGUUGGCCACCUGGGAUCGUGUGAUGGAUGUAAACUUCAUUGCCAGUGUCAUAGUUCUGACACAGUCAUACUGGAGUUCAAGCAGUACACACCAGGCUCCCGAUGGAGAGAAACAGUUAUAGAUAGGAAGCAUCACAGCGAAAUAGGAGAUGAAACAUAUGGCUUCUACGGUGGCAUCAGAAAGAUUAAUGAUAAAGACGAGAUAUCAAUGUGGAAGCGAAUCUGGCCAAAAGAAGUCGUGGAAUAGUAUGCACUAAGCUUGUAGCUAGUACUUAGUUUAUGUCUUCUAUGUAAAUCAAUUUUCUCAAUUCGCAAAUGUACAAAGGUUAGAAUUGAAGGCGUUGCCGCGCAAGCAGUAGAAUGCAGGUCACAUAACUAAUUUGGUGGCGAAUUUUCUCCUGGAGACGAUGCACAGCCCCUGGAAUGUAUGAAGCAGAUGACACAAGUUUUGAGAAGAUUGAAAGUUAAGAGGCAGAUAGUGUGUAUAUAUGUAAAAGUAUAAAAGUAUAGUUGUUUGGUUUUACACUGCUACAGUGUAGAUGAUUUUUGAGCCAUUACAGGCAAAGGCCAAUCUCUUCUGCA